AUGCCAUUCUAUGGUCCGCAAUGCGAACAUGAGGCCCCCACUGGAAGCAAAACCGAUAAACAACUUCCUGCCCGAAGCGAUGAAAUGGAACCGGAAGUGAAGCGUUCGGUGGACCGGGCGAUGACUAUCACCGCAUUGGUAUUCAUAUUGAUUACCUUUCUUGGCUUGGUUACGCUGGCAUGGUAUCUGUCCAGCAGGAGACGGAAAGACUACAAACGUUGGUGCAAGAUGAAAGGGAGUUCGGAUGUCGUCGCUCGUCGCAACCAUCGCUACCUCUGUGCUGUGCCCCGGGGUUAUUAGACGCGUCUUGUUACCUAAAAUCUAUCUAUCCGAAAUGUAUUUUUUAUGUUUUCC